AUGGGAGGAGCCAAACCUUGUACUUCUCCUGUUUCUGCACAUUGCAAAGUUGUUGCUCAAUCAGGCACUCCUUUGUCAUAUCCUACUUCUUACAGAUCUCUUAUUGGUGCAUUGCAAUAUUUGACUUGGACAAGACCAGAAAUCAGCUAUGUUGUUAAUCAAGUUUGUCAAUACAUGCAUUCUCCAACCUUUGAUCAUCUUAUUGUUGCUAAGAGAAUUUUGAGGUAUAUCAAAGGCAUUAUUGACUAUGGCAUAUUGUUCAGUAAAGGCCUCACUGCUGUACAUGGCUUCAGUGAUGCUGAUUGGGCUAGUGACCCUGAUACUCGAAAAAGUACAGGUGGUUAUUGUAUCUUUUUUGGCUCCAACCUUAUUUUCUGGUCUAGUAAGAGACAAUCUACAGUUGCGAGAUCUUCUACUGAAGCUGAAUUUCGCAGCCUUGCCAAUUCUGCAGCUGAAGUUAUCUAG